UUUCUAUUUAGUGUUUUUCCAUCUCCACCACUCCCCUACCUCGUAACCAUCAAAGAUUAUUUCUUUUGUGUGUAAACGUUUUCAUAGUAGUGGUCUCAUACAAUAUUUGUCCUUUUGUGAUUGACUUAUUUCACUCAGCAUGAUUCCCUCCAGAUUCAUCCAUGCUGUGUGGUGCUUCACAGAUUCAUCACUGUUCUUUAUCUUUGUGUAGCACUCCACUGUGUGUAUGUACCAUAGUUUGUUUAUCCAUUCAUCUAUUGAUGGGUACCUAGGUUGUUUCCAUCUUUUUGCUAUUGUGAACAAUGCUGCAAUGAACAUGGGUGUGCCUCAGUUUCUUUGAGUCUUGAUUAUUUUUAACAAUUGCCAAUGUGUGAUAAAAACAAACUAUUUCUCCUUUCCAAUAUUGUCCUUUGUAAGAAGUAUAACCAGAAUGCUCCUUAGAAGCAAGGAUGGCGAGACUGCAUCUUACAUACUUUGGACAUGUUAUCAAGAGGGAUAAGUCCCUGGAGAAAGACCUCAUACUUGGUAGAGUACAGGGUCAGGGAAAAAGAGGAAGACCCUCAACAAGAUGGAUUGACACAGUGGCUGCAACAAUGGGCUUAAGCAUAACAACGGUUGUGAGCUUGGCGAAGGAUGGGGCGGUGUUUCAUUCUGUAGUACAUAGGGUCACAUUAUGAGUCUGAACCGACUCGAUGGCACCUAACAACAACAACAACCUUGUCCUGGCACAAUGUCUUCUGCAAAGAAAGGUGGCGAGAAUAUGAUGGGUCGUUCUGCUAUCAAUGAAGUGGUGACCAGAGAGUGCCCCAUUGACACUCACAAGCACGUCCAUGGAGUGGGCUUUAAGAAGCAUGCCCCAUGGGCACUGAAGGAGAUUCAGAAAUUUGCCAUGCCAGGGAUGGGAAUGCCAGAUGUGCACAUAGAUGCCAGACUCAGCAAAGUUGUCUGGGCCAAAGGAGUAAGGAAUGUCCCAUACCCUAUCCAUGUCUGGUUGUUCAGAAAACAAAAUGAGGAUAAAGAUUCAUCCAACAAGCUCUAUACUCGGGUUACCUAUGUACCUGUCACCACUUUCAAAAGCCUACAGUCAAUGUGGAUGAAAACUAACAGCCAAUUAUCAAAUAAAGUUAUAAAACUGCAAAAAAAAAAAAAACUAUUUCUCAUUAAAUUAUGA